AUGCCUACUAUCAUCGUGAGCGACAACGGGACGCAGUUCACGAGUGCCGAAUUUGCAGAGUUUUGCGCUUCGAACGGCAUCCACCACACCACGACCGCUCCGUACCACCCGCAGUCCAACGGGCAAGCGGAACGAUUCGUGGACACUUUCAAGCGUGCCGUCAAGAAGAUUUCGGAGGGGAGAGGCACCAUCGAAGAAGCUUUAGACAUCUUCCUGUUGGCGUACCGCAGCACCCCAAACCGCUGCGCACCUGAGGGCAAGUCUCCAGCCGAGAUAAUGUUCGGUCGCAAAAUCCGAACCUGUCUCGAACUACUUCGCCCACCUGCCGAUCCCGAACCGCCCCAGAAGGAAGACCAACGUCGAAGCUUCGCCAAGCAAGACCUCGUGUACGCUCAAGUUCACUCCGGCAACGCAUGGAAAUGGACACCUGGAGUCAUCCUCGAGCGGAUUGGAAGUGUGAUGUACAACGUGCACGUCGGCAACCAACGCGUCAUCCGCUCGCACAUCAACCAACUGCGAAGUCGUUCCGAGAGCGGACCAGCUGCUUCACUGCGUGCCAAACCGAAAGCGCUGCCGUUAGACGUCCUACUCGGUGAGUGGAAGCUUACGCAACCGUCGUUGGUCCUUGAGCUGCCACCGUUGAGCCCGAUGCAGUUGACGCCGUGUCCGUCUUCUCCCGAGCUUGCGGACCCUCCUGAGACGCAAACGAGCGCGUCCAGUACACCACGCCCGUCAACCCCAGAAUCUCCGGACCAAGUUGAGACGCCGCCGUGUGCGUCCUCUACGCCGCGUCCUGGAUCGCUACCUCCACAAGAGAGUGGUGCAACACCAUCUUCUUCGGCUGCGUCGUCGUUGUCUUCCUCGUCUUCAUCAAGUACGUCGGAGCCAACCAUCGUGCCGCAGCUGGUACCUGAACUUCGGCGUUCCGAUAGGAAUCGUAGACCGCCUGUAAGAUUCGACUACUACCAGCUGUAUUAA